AUGCAAUUCACAAACGAAGGAUCUCAUACAAGCUCACCAUCAAAGAUUCAGCAAAAAAGACGAAAAGUAUCGUUGGAUCCAACAAAUGUCAUAAACAAGUAUGAAACACCAGAUGGGAAGAUUUUAUAUGGUACUAAACGUGAAUUCAGGAACGCUCCACUUAACACCAACAACUCUUUGGGACUAACUGGCCACACUUAUAAAAAUGGCGUCGACGAUCAUUUACCAUCUGGUUAUUUCGUUAUGGACCAUGAACCUAUAUGGGAGCCUGUUCGUGAGCGAAGAAUGGAAGUAGAGGUAUUUUGUCGUUGGCAUAGCCUCCGCGUCCCAAGAACAAGGUCAGCAAAUCUUGUUGUAGGACGACAAGCCAAUGAUGCAAACGUAUUACAUAGACUACAGCGAGAAGUUAUACAGAUGAAGCGUAGACUUCACAGGUUACACGAGAUCCAGGCUGCAAAAAGACAUUGUAUUGGAAAAGAAUUUGAUGUUCAGCACAUUUUAGCAGAUCUCAAGCUUAUAUCCGACUCGGACCUUUCUGACUUUACUGAAUCAAGCGACGAUGACUUUCAAAGCUAUGUUGAUUCUCAGGGCAUUGGGACUAAACCAGGGAGUUUCAGGUGCAAUACGUCUGGUUUUGGGAAGCAAAAUCACUCGUUGAUUUCCAAGACAUUUGCACUGCAUUGUGCAAGAGACAAAGACAUAGAUGUCAGUGCAUCAGCUUUUGUUGAUGGCAUUGCUGACCAUUUAACAGAUAUAGAUGUUAAAGAAGGGGAGCCGAGGGAGCCAAGUGUCUCCACAAUGCUGAUGAAUUUUGCUAACGAAUUUGAUCCCUACGAAGCCUUGAGCACGCCUUUGUACCAAACAGCAACUUUCAAGCAGCCUUCAGCAACAGAGUAUGGCCCUUAUGAUUAUACAAGGAGUGGAAAUCCAACAAGAGAUGCUUUAGAAAGACUCUUGGCUAAGCUUGAUAAAGCAGAUCGAGCCUUGUGCUUUACAAGUGGAAUGGCUGCUUUGUCGGCUGUUACCCAUCUUGUUGGAACUGGUGAGGAGAUUGUUGCUGGAGAUGAUAUGUAUGGUGGUUCAGAUAGACUGUUGUCACAAGUAAUACCCAAGACAGGAGUUCUGGUUAAGCGAGUGGAUACAGCUAAUUUAGAUGAGGUUUCUUCUGCGAUCAGCCCUAUGACAAAGCUUGUCUGGAUGGAAAGUCCGACAAAUCCUCGUCAACAAAUUUCUGAUAUUCGCAAAAUAGCUGAGAUGGCUCAUGCAAAUGGUGCUCUUCUAUUGGUUGACAACAGCAUUAUGUCCCCUGUCUUAUCUCAACCCCUUGAACUUGGAGCAGAUAUUGUUAUGCACUCUGCAACAAAGUUUAUUGCGGGCCACAGUGAUCUAAUGGCUGGUGUACUAGCAAUUAAAGACGAAAGCUUAGCAAGGAGCUUGUAUUUUCUACAAAAUGCCGAAGGCUCAGGAUUGGCUCCAUUUGAUUGCUGGCUUUGUUUAAGAGGCAUCAAAACCAUGGCCUUGCGUGUGGAGAAGCAGCAGGAUAAUGCAGAAAAAAUAGCAGAGUUUCUCUCCUCCCACCCAAGGGUGAAGACGGUUAACUAUGCUGGUCUUCCUUCCCAUCCUGGACAUGCUCUGCACUAUUCUCAGGCGAGGGGUGCUGGUUCUGUUCUUAGCUUCCUUACAGGCUCACUGGCACUGUCUAAACAUGUAGCCGAGACAACCAAGUACUUCAGCAUAACUGUCAGUUUUGGAAGUGUCAAGUCUCUCAUCAGCUUGCCUUGCUUUAUGUCCCAUGCAAGCAUUCCUGCAGCAGUACGCGAAGCCAGGGGUUUAACUGAGGAUCUUGUUCGAAUUUCUGUUGGAAUUGAAGAUGUAAAUGAUUUGAUUGCUGAUCUAGACACUGCGCUGAGGACAGGUCCCGAGUAACUCAACUGCUGCAGGAUUCAGAGGGCCACCCCGGUUACCAUUGUACGAUAAUGUUGAUGAUGAACAAUUUCAGGGAUUUGCCUCGGCGGGGAAUUCAAUUUAACUCAAGACCUUCCUUGCUUAAUAUUAGCAUAUAUUGUUAGGCAUGAAACAUUUGAGAUCAAAGAUCGACAUUUUUCAUCAUGGCUCCAAACAAAGCAGCAAAAUUUCCUACCUCA